GCUGUCAAGAAUAGAUUUGGAUGAACUGAUGAAGAAAGAUGAACCUCCAUUCACUUUCCCCAAAACACUGGAGGAGUUUGAAUAUGCCUUCAACGAAUAUGGCCAGCUCAGACAUUUAAAAAGCGGAGAGCCGUUUGUAUUCAAUGCCAGAGAGGAUCUCCACCGCUGGAACCAGAAGCGCUAUGAAGCUCUUGGAGAGAUCAUCACGCAGUAUGUUUAUGAGCUGUUGGAGAAAAAGUGCAACAUGACCAAACAAAUCCUUCCGGCAGAACGUACGGAUGAUGAACCCACCAGUUUUAUCUACCUGAGCCCUGAUGCCUUGUCCAACCCUUCGAAGCUGCUGGUGCUGAUCCAGGGCAGUGGCGUGGUGCGUGCCGGUCAGUGGGCCCGUAGACUCAUCAUCAACCAGGACCUGGACUCAGGGACCCAGAUCCCCUUCAUCACCAGAGCCAUGGAGGUAGGGGACACAACAAAAGAGGUUGAAGCUAUUCUGUUGUACGAACUGACCAACAAAAUGAACUCCGCCGACUCAGACCAGAUAAAGAACGCCAUCCGCUCUCAGGGCCAACGUCUUGGGCAACAAGAGGAACAUAUGGCCACCAUGCAGCAGGAAGUGCAGAAUCUAACNGGGAACUACAAACAUCGGUGA